UCCGGACGACGCGCGGCAUUUUGGAGCCCUGGCGGGCGGCGACUUCGUGGCGAUGGCGGGCCGGCGCGGGGCGCUCAUCGUGCUGGAAGGCGUGGACCGCGCCGGGAAGAGCACGCAGAGCCGCAAGCUGGUGGCCGCGCUCUGCGCCGCCGGCCAUCCCGCCGAGCUGCUACGCUUCCCGGAAAGAUCAACUGAAAUUGGCAAACUUCUGAGUUCUUAUUUGGAAAAGAAGAGUGAGGUGGAGGAUCACUCAGUGCACCUACUUUUCUCUGCAAACCGCUGGGAACAAGUGCCAUUGAUUAAGGAAAGGUUGAGCCAGGGCAUCACCCUCAUCGUGGACAGAUAUGCGUUUUCUGGUGUUGCCUUUACCAAUGCCAAGGAGAACUUCUCUUUGCAUUGGUGCAAGCAGCCAGACGUGGGCCUUCCCAAACCAGACCUGGUCGUGUUUCUUCAGCUGAGGUUGGCAGAGGUUGUGGAGCGGGGCGGGUUCGGCCAAGAACGCUAUGAGGAUGGGGCCUUCCAGGAGCGGGUACUGCAAUGCUACUACCAGCUCAUGGAGGACAGGACUCUAAACUGGAAGGUGGUUGAUGCUUCCAAAAGCAUUGAAGACGUCCACAAGGAGAUCCGCACGCUCUCUGAGGAUAUCAUCCAGGCCGCAGCGCAGAGGCCGCUGGGGAAGCUGUGGACAUAAAUGUGGAGGGGCUGUCCCCUUCCCUGGGUCCUGCGAGGCCGGAGCCUUAUGAAAGGCUUGAUGUGCAGUGUUCACAUUGCACAACAUGGGGGCUGUGCACAAGUCAACAACAAGCAGAGCUACGAGGAGCCUCUCGAGAGGCCUGGGCACAGGGACUUCGUGGUAUGUCACUCAGCCUUCUGCCCUCUUUCACCCUGAGGAUGUUGAUAAAUCAUUAUGCCUUUUAUUGAAACUUAAUGAUAACCAUAUCCAAGCAGGUUCAAGAUAAUUGAUGUGGCAGUCAGUUUAAAAUCUGAAUUUCUUACAGGCACGAAUAAAAGUUACUUUGAAAGUA